AUGGCGGGAUGGUGUUUUCAUGUUUUACAGGCUGCGCUCGCUGCUACCCUUUGUGCAGCCUCAAAGCUAUCCUGCAGCGAACCAGCCUGCAGUGACCAACAUGGACUGCUGCAGACAGUCAGACGAGACCACCGCAAAUCCAUGGCGGGUGCGCAUCGACGUCAACUACCGGGUCUGGGUCCAGGAUUAGAGCCACCUGACGGCAAGACGAUCUUCGGCAUCAUUCCACAAGACGAUCAGCCGCCCUCCGUCAUUGCACAGCGGAUGCGAGAGGCUGGUGGCAUGGCACCUGCUGGCUACACCAUCUUCAUCGAAAUCCCAAUGAGAUCUGGAGACCGAUGGAGACUGCAGAACUUCAUGAGUGCGGCUCAACUUGCUCCGGUGGUGGUGUCUGCCGAGCCCUUCUCGAACAUGAGCAGUUUGCAACUAUCCGAUGCGCAGGAGCUGGCUGGCUAUUGCCGGCGCUACGAGGAAGCAGGGGGGGCUGGCUGCCUCCUUCGUUAUGCUCACGAGAUGAAUGGCGCUUGGUAUCCCUGGUGCCAGAGGCCAAGUGAGUUCCGAUCCACGUUUCGAAUGCUGGCAGGAGCCAUUCACGCAAUCACUGCUCGCAGUGGAAUGGUCUGGUCUGUCAACGAAGGGAGUGGAUAUCCUUUCUCCGGUGGCGCCUACAACUGUCAGCAGGGGAUGUCUUGCUUCUCAGAAGUGGAUACCAACGGAGAUGGAGUUUUCGACAAGUUUGACGAUCCCUACGUGCCUUACUACCCUGGUGACGACGUGGUGGAUUGGGUUGGUAUUACUGUUUAUUCCUGGGGUCUCCAGUAUCCUUUUGGCGAGAAUCAGCUUCCACAGGACAACUACUUCGUCAAUCGCAUCAGAGGAAACUACGUCGGUCCUGCUGGCGACUACAGGAGUACCCCCGACUUCUACUUGAUCUAUUGCUCCCCGCAAGGUGGACACAGCAAGCCGAUGAUGCUCACCGAGUCAUCGGCGCUUUACGCAGUUGGGGCGCCAUUCGGAGGAGCGGCCAGCAAUAUGGACAUCAAGAGAAACUGGUGGAUGCAGGUCUUCGGAUUGACGGUGUGCCCACCGUCAAGCCUCUGCGGUGGCGCUGAAUUUCCCAUGUUGAAAGGAAUCAUGUGGUUCGAUGUCAUCAAGCGAGAGGGAGCAGCACAAAAUGCCACAGUGGACUGGUCCGUGACUCAAAACACAUCGAUGGCGCAAAACUUCGCCCAGGAUGUUCUGAACCAGCCAGGUGGAAGGGCAAGGUACAUGGGCCUGGAUGAACUAAACGAAAUGCGUGGCUGCGCAAAUGAUGAUGUGGACAACUGCGCAGAGACAAAGUGCUGUGUAUCUCCAGGUUCUACAUGUUACAAGAAGGAUGACGGCUGGGCCGCAUGCAUGGCCAGCUGUGUUCCAGGCAUCGACUACAGUGAGCCUCCGCAAUACCAGACACCGUGGAGUUGUGAGGACUUGUCUGAGAUACAAACAUGCUCGGCCGAUAGAGUGGAGAAUUGUGCAGAGACAAGGUGCUGCAUAUCUCCGGGUUCUACAUGCUACAAGAAAAAUGACGGGUGGGCAGCAUGUGGGAGCAGCUGUGUUCCUGGAAUAGAUUUCACCGAAGCUCCUCAGUACCAGUCGCCUUGGAGUUGUGAAGUGUUAUCGGCUCCCACCGUGAUUCCAACCGCGCCUCCUACAACAACGCCUCCUAUUAUCUGCUCAGAGGACAGAGUGGAGAAUUGUGCAGAGUCUAAGUGCUGCACGUCCUCAGGGUCCACAUGCUACAAGAAGGAUGAUAAUUGGGCCACCUGCAUGGUCAGCUGUGUUCCUGGAAUCGACUACACCGAUCCGCCACAGUACCAGACACCUUGGAGUUGUGAGGUGUUGUCAACCCCAACUUCAAUUCCGACAUUGCCUCCGACUUUACCUCCAACCACAGCUCCAACCUCGCCUCCCGUUGUAUGCUCAGAGGACAGAGUGGAGAAUUGUGGAGAGACGAGGUGCUGCGAAUCCUCAGGGUCUACGUGCUACAAGAAGGAUGAUGGUUGGGCCACCUGCAUGGCCAGCUGUGUUCCUGGAAUCGACUACAGCGAGCCGCCUCAGUACCAGACACCUUGGAGUUGUGAGGUGCUGUCAACCCCAACUUCAAUUCCGACAUUGCCUCCGACUUUACCUCCAACCACAGCUCCAACCUCGCCUCCCGUUGUAUGCUCAGAGGACAGAGUGGAGAGUUGUGGAGAGACAAGGUGCUGCGCAUCUCAAGGGUCUACGUGCUACAAGAAGGAUGAUGGUUGGGCCACAUGCAUGGCCAGCUGUGUUCCUGGAAUCGACUACACUGAUCCGCCACAGUACCAGACACCUUGGAGUUGUGAGGUGCUGUCACCUCCACCUUCAAUUCCGACGCUGCCUCCGACUUUACCCCCAACCACACCUCCAACCUCGCCUCCCGUUGUAUGCUCAGAGGACAGAGUGGAGAAUUGUGGAGAGACGAGGUGCUGCGAAUCCUCAGGGUCUACGUGCUACAAGAAGGAUGAUGGUUGGGCCACCUGCAUGGCCAGCUGUGUUCCUGGAAUCGACUACAGCGAGCCUCCUCAGUACCAGACACCUUGGAGUUGUGAGGUGCUGUCAACCCCAACUUCAAUUCCGACAUUGCCUCCGACUUUACCUCCAACCACAGCUCCAACCUCGCCUCCCGUUGUAUGCUCAGAGGACAGAGUGGAGAAUUGUGGAGAGAAAAGGUGCUGCACAUCUCCAGGGUCCACAUGCUACAAGAAGGAUGAUGGUUGGGCCACAUGCAUGGCCAGCUGUGUUCCUGGAAUCGACUACAGCGAGUCUCCACAGUACCAGACACCUUGGAGUUGUGAGGUGUUGUCAGCCCCAACUGCCAUUCCGACAUUGCCUCCGACUCUACCCCCAACCACACCUCCAACCCCGCAACCCGUCGUAUGCUCAGAGGACCGAGUGGAGAAUUGUGGAGAGACAAGGUGCUGCACAUCUCCAGGGUCUACGUGCUACAAGAAGGAUGAUGGUUGGGCCACCUGCAUGGCCAGCUGUGUUCCUGGAAUCGACUACACCGAUCCUCCACAGUACCAGACACCGUGGAGUUGUGAGGUGCUGCGUUGA